AUGCGUUUCUCCACCGUCUUCGUCUCGGCCUUCGCCGCCUUCGCCGCCGCCGCCCCCACAACUAACGAGCCCCGCGCCAACGUGGACCUCUCCCAGUUGAACAACCUACAGGGCUUCAGGAACCUCGACCUCAACUACCUCCUCGCCCUGAACGGCCUCAACCUCCAGGGUCUCGGCCAGCUCGGCCAGGCCAACAACCUUAACGUCCUGGCUUUCCAGAACCUCUUUGGCGCCCAGAACUUUGACCUCAACGCCCUCCUCCAGCUUCAGCAGCUGUCGACCAUCCUCGCCAUCCAGCAGCAAGGCGUCUUCGGCAAUGUGAACCUGGCCAACCUCAACUUUGGUGGUCUCAACCUCGGCCUCAUCAACGGCAUUGGCCAGGUCAACCUGGGCCAGUUCAUUGACCAGGCCCUGAUUCCCCAGAUCACGCAGAUCGUUCAGCAAUCUGCUGUCAUCAUCGCCAAGGAGUAA